GAGUUUCCAUGGGACAAUACUUGAUUGGGGUGUUAGCUCACAGCCAGUGGGAUACAUGGUGUACCUGCUGGGCUCUGUCAUCUAUGAGCUGUGCCUGAUGGCUCUGAGGGAUGUUCUGGGACUGUUGGCACAGAGCAGUGGGGAUGCAAGCAGAUGGUGGAAAUUCAGGUUCCUUUUCUCCUCCAUGCAGAGAAAACAGACAGGAGCAGCAAGAGCUGCCCAGAAAACCACCCUGCAACAUGACAUUUGAAGAUUUUGAGAACUACUCUUAUUUCUAUGAUCUGUCUGAGGAAGAUGAGUCACCCCAGUCCUCCCUCAGCAUUGCCCAUAUUAUUUCCCUUUUCUUUUACAGUGUGGCAUUUCUGCUGGGAGUGCCAGGUAAUGCCAUUGUCAUCUGGUUUAUGGGCUUUAAGUGGGAUAAGUCUGUUUCCACACUCUGGUUCCUGAAUCUGGCCAUUGCGGAUUUCAUUUUUGUUCUCUUCCUGCCCCUCUAUAUUACAUACGUGGCAUUGGGCUUCCACUGGCCCUUUGGGAAGUGGCUCUGCAAAAUGAACUCAUUCAUUGCACUACUUAAUAUGUUUGCCAGUGUUUUCUUCCUGACAUUCAUCAGCCUUGACCGCUACAUCCGCCUUGUCCACCCAGUCUUUUCCUACAAGUACAGGACUGUGAAGAACACCCUCGUUCUCAGUGGGGUCAUUUGGAUGUCAGCUGCAAUUAUUGGUGGCCCUGCCUUGUACUUUAGAGACACAGCUACAGUUCUCAACAAUGUCACCAUUUGCUACAACAACUUCCACGUGCAUGACAGAGAACUUAUUUUGCUGACACAUCACAUCCUCAUUUGGGUGAGGCUUGCGUUUGGUUACCUCUUCCCUUUAGUGACCAUGGUUAUUUGCUACUCACUGCUGAUCGUCAAAGUGAAGAGGAGAACUGUAUUGACUUCUAGCAGGCUUUUCUGGACCAUCACUGCUGUAGUUGUAGCUUUUUUUGUCUGCUGGACACCAUACCAUAUAUUCAGCAUAGUGGAGCUGUCUGCUCACCAUGAUGAAAACUUGCACGACUUACUGCAGGAUGGCAUUCCCCUCUCCACCGGCCUCGGUUUCAUCAACAGCUGCCUCAACCCAAUCCUCUACGUCCUGAUCAGCAAGAAGUUCCAGGCCCAGGUGAGGAGCACGGUGUCUGAGGUGCUGAAGCUGGCGCUGUGGGAGGUGAGCCGCUCGGGGACGGUCAGCGAGCAGCUCUGGAGCUCGGACAGCGCGCCCGCGCGCCACUGCGAAACUGCCCAGUGACCCCCCGCCGCCUGCGCUCUCCAGAGCAGCUCACAGCAGGGCCAGGGUCUGCUGGGCUUACACCUGCCACUCAGGUGUGCAUCUUUGCAUACAGGAUUUCUGUCAACAGCUGGCUUAAUUGCACUUGCUGCUUUAAUUGAAAGGUUUUUAAGGGACACGUGAUUUGGAUGUGUGCCCUUGCAAUGCACAUACAGCCUGAACUGAAAGUUAUCGGCAUAGGUGGAAUUACUCCAGCUGGGCUUUUGAUGAGGAACGUUGUUGGAAUCCUGUUGGUUUGCUUUUGAUAUCACUGAUAUCAAAAGAACACAUAAUAAAAAUAUUCCUCCUUGCCAUUGCUGAUACCACUCUUAUUUGAGGCAUUCUCAUCCAAGAGACUGUGGCUGUACAUCACAGGGCUAUGAGUCCCUGAUUGCUUACUACUGCCCCAAGGAGGAAACCCCUGCCUACAUCCCAUCUGAAUGAAGCUAUCAGUGGCUCCACUCUGCAGCUGGAGAAGAAUCCCAAGAUGGACAACACUAAAUUGCUGCCUUCUAUUGUCAAAAAAGAAAAAUAUGGAAAUAAAACUUGUCUUCUCACAGUGCUCUUUAUCUUAUACCCAAAACUAAGGCAUGAGACCCUGUGUUUUCUGGUCACUUACUGCAUUUUUAACACCAACUGGCUGCAAAACACUGAGCAGAUAUUUCAUAUAGAUAUUAGGCUAAUUCAAAGUGCACAAAGAAUUAGUGAAAAAUAUUACUUUCAGCUUCUGUGCCACACUUCUUUUUCUAUCUUUAAAAUUUUAGUCCUACAAAGGUUUACAACUAUUGAUUGCUCUUUAUUACUCUUUCAAACAAAGGUAAAGAAAUAUUAUAACAUUUUGUUUGCCUUAUUGUCAAGCUUAAGAAAAUGGGUGGAGUGAAUUCAUCAGUAUUCUGUUACAAGUCUGUAGCCAAAUUUGGACUUCUUUUCCAAAUACGAGGCAAGACAGUUCAUCCAGGAAAUGGAGUCCACUCCCAUAAGAAAGAUGAAGUAGUUCCAAUUAUGCUGUAUUUUGUUCCAACUUGUUGCUUGCUGCAGAAUCACACAUGCACCAAUGCAAAUAUAUAUAUGCUAUGUGGAGUGAGCCAGUUUUUGAUGCAAUACCACUUAAAUAAAAAGUUGAAUGUGGGACAAAACUCCACUGAAAGUGAAAGCAUAGAGCUUUGGGUAAAUUUGAACUGGUUUUUCCUAGUUAUUGGCCUAGGCAUAUAGAAUAAAACUGCCUUUCAGAUAAUUUACUUAGUUUAUACGACCUGCCAACACAUUAGUGGCAUUUAUGCUGUAAUUGAGGCCUUAUAUGUAAAUAGAUUUGCUUUUGCAUAAAAUACAUAUGUAUGCAUGAGCACACCCCAUACUGGUAGCUGCACAAAUAGAAACCUGACUGUGGUCUGUAACUAUUUCUUUAGGCUCUGGCUUCAGAGUCUGAGAGAGUCAGGCAGGAUCAGUGGAAUUUCAGUGUAUUUCCCUUUGGGCUGGGAAGCUGGUAAGCAGCAUUCUUCCUUUGAGUCAUUUGCUGCCUGGUACAGAGCUGCUCAUCAUAUUUUGGCACCAUGCUGCUGUAUGCACCUAAAUCAAACAUUUUGCAGUUUUUCUUCAAAUGUUCCCUGACAUCUUUCUAAGAAUGAUGUACUCUCCUGGCUGUAGUCCAAGUGAGGUAAUAAAAUUUUGUUGUUUCCAUA